AUGCGUCUGCUCCACACGACAAAGCUCGAGCUAUUCGACUUCCUCGACAACGAAAUUCCACCCUACGCAAUUCUUUCGCAUACUUGGGGCGAAGACGAGGUCAGCUACGCAGACUUCCUGACUGGCAAACGCAAUGCCAAAAUCCUACGCGGCUGCGAGCUGAUAGCGUCCGAGUCGUGGGAGUACGUGUGGAUUGACACUUGUUGCAUCGACAAGUCCAGCAGAGGUGCGGAGCUUUCCGAAGCUAUCAACUCCAUGUACAGGUGGUAUCAGAAGUCUGAGACCUGCUACGUCCAUCUCUCAGACAUUCACGUGAAGCCCCGCACUUCAACCAAGCCAAAGCGUUUCGUGGAGACCAGAUGGUUCACCAGGGGCUGGACAUUGCAGGAAUUACUUGCGCCAAAGCGGGUCGUAUUCUUUGACAGCUGUUGGGUGGAGAUCGGUAGCAAAACGAGUCUAAGUGAUGCUAUUUUCGAGGCGACACGUAUUGAGCCUGAAUAUUUGACCUCGCCCGACACUAUGCUCCAAGAUGCCAGUGCCGCAAUGAAAAUGUCAUGGGCGUCAAAGAGAGAAACAAGCAGGGUCGAGGAUAUUGCGUAUUGCCUCCUCGGUCUUUUCAAUGUCAAUAUGCCACUUUUGUACGGCGAGGGCGAAAGAGCCUUUCAGAGAUUGCAGCACGAGAUCAUUGGCCGGUCGAGCGACGAGUCAAUCUUUGCUUGGACCGAUCGGCGGCCAGUGAUCCAGUGGGAGAUGUUUGCCGCCCACCCUUCGGCCUUUGAGAAAUCCGGGGACAUUAUACGGUCGGCCAAUGAUGUGAUAUCUAGAAAAGGAACUUUGCCUUAUGCGUUGACGAACAAAGGCCUUCAGAUUCACCUGCCAGUUGUUGGUCGCAAAGAAUCCCAUCUGACUUCCGAUGAGUGGGAGCUCCAACCCAUCGAAGACGACGAUAAGUACGCGGAGGAAAGGGUGGCUCUUGCAUGUCGUCGACGCAGUCAGCCUGGCACAUGCCUGGGUAUUCGCCUCUCUAAUUUCUCUGAUGGUGGGUCCUUGAGAUUGCGAUUUGCUUCGCUCCAGACCUACCAAGAACGUGAAAGGCCUCUCAAGGAAUACUACGUGAAGACCCAUGACCCUGCGCACACGUACAUCAGACGGUGUCCAUUCCAAGGCGAAGUCGAGAUAUUUAUGACACCGGCUGUUGAGGAUGAGCUGAUUUCAGUAGAUGACGUGACGCAUGAACAUCAACAAGAGGUGGAAGUCUGCAAUGGACAGAUCUACUUCUCAGCGCAGUAUGAGUCGGAUCAGAAAGUCACCCACGAAGGCCCACAAGAGGUAGGAAUCCUUGACGGCAGCAUAAUCUACCCAGGCUGGUCAUCCAACAUGUCUCGACGACUCGCAUUUACGUUCAAAGACGGCUCCAACCUGGCACUUGGAUGGCGGCAUCGCUCAGAACUGGUCUCCUGUCCAUCAAUCAUUCUUUUACAACUCAUCAAUCCCAACGACGAUGGAGCGACAACGGAGAAAUUACGAAUGCUAGAUAUACUGACUUUUGUCUCCGAUAACGAAAGAUUCACAAAGAUGUACAACGACCUGACACAGCAGCUUGAUGAGCGACGGGAAGUACUGCUGGUUCUUGACUACAACGACAGAUGGCAUCGAUCUUUAGCGGACGGUAGACAGCUACAGAUUACAGAUGACUUUUACAAGCCGGCGCUGAUCGGUGUUGAGCCUUGCGACGGUAGCAGCGAGCGGGCCUGCGCGGACAGUGGGGAUAGACUGGAUGAUGUCGAGGGUAUCAUUGAGUUGGCAGGUGUGGCGGAGAAGGUCUCGGAGCUUGCUUUAGACUAA